CCAACACUGAAUCUGAGCGUGACCUGGGAGAUGGAUCGACAGAGCCCAGGAGCGAAACAGCCAGAUGCUAACAGCACUGUGGUCACCACCACCCCCAUCCCAUCAGCUACUGUCACCAUGGCAACAGUCAGCUCCAGCAGCACUGUGUGCACCCCGGCGCCCUCUACCUCCCUCAGCGUCGUUUCACCAGAUAGCCAAGCUGUCCAGGUGAUCCAGCACGCCAUCCACAGACCUCAGAGCAUGGCGGCCCAGUACCUGCAUCACAUGUACGCAGCCCAGCAGCAGCACCUCAUGCUGCAGACAGCAGCCCUGCAGCAGCACCAGCACGCCCCCCACCUGCAGAGCCUGGCCUCCUUACAGCAGGCUUCAGUCUGUCAGAGGCAGUCACCUUCAUCGUCAAGCAGCAGUUUGGUUCAUCAGCCUGUUGCUCCAUCUAUCACACUCCCAGCAUCGCCACUAACAGCCCAGCUGAUUGCUCGUACCCAAGCGUCUAACUCUGCCAGUGCAGCAUCCUCCAUAUCCCAGCAGGCCAUGCUCCUCGGAAACAGACCGCCCAACUGUAGCCAAGCUCAGAUGUACCUCCGCACUCAGAUGCUCAUUCUCACUCCUGCAGCCCCGGUGACAACAGUUCAAUCAGACUUCCCUGUUGUCACCUCUUGUUCCUCGCUAUCUACCUCCACUCAGGUGCAGAAUCUAGCUCUGCGUGCACAUUUGCCUGGCUCUCUUGCCACAGCCCACAGUGUGAUUUUAAAGCCAUCUAACCUGUCUCAAGCGGCGACGUUAUCCAAGACAUCAGUCUGUGCUCUGAAGAACAACCAGCAGACUGAACCCUCAACAGAAACAGGACCGGCUGGUGUCUCCCAGCUGUCCUCCGGACCGCAGAUCAUAACCCCAGCUUACACACCGGUGCAGACCCAUGCUCUGAUGAAGCAGCAGCUGUCCUGUCCUCCAGGCCAGCGGGUGGCGCAGCACCAGCUCAUCCUCCAGCAGACAACAGGAGGAGCUCAACACCAUCGCCAACUCCAGCCCAUCGCCCUCAGAGUCGCACCUCACGAAACCAACUCCACCCCUCUCUCUCUUUCAAUUAAAAGACUGACCACAAACAGCACACCGUCACAAACCAGCAACCACACCCCAGCUGCUUCUUCUUCUACUACUUCUUCUUCUUCAUCCUCUGUUACUCGUGUUUCUGCCUCAUCGACUCAAACGUCCAUCCCAGCAGCUGUCCAGCCUCAGCCUCCUCCUCUGGUGGCGGCUCCUCAGCGUCGGACAUCAAUCCCUCAAGUGCAGAACCAGCCUCCACCGCCUCCUCCACCGCUGGUUCUCCCCAGGCUGCCCCGGAAUCCCCCUGCCUCCCUCCAGAGGCUGUCCCUACACUCUGUCCAUGCUUUAGCGGUGCAGUCAGGACAGAUGCUGCUAAGAGAGCAGGAGCUGCCUGUAGCCGAGGCUCUGGUUCAAAUGCCUUACAUGAACCUUCCACCUCCUCAAACAGUGGCUGUGGAUCUGAAGGUGCAUCCAGUCAGACGGGAUGAAGCUCCAACAUUUGGGCAAACAUGCAAAGUGAACGGACUGAGCUCAGCAGAGAGGAAAGAAGAAUCUUCUCCAAGUCCACAGAGAAACAGGUCCACAACAGCUCCCCCUGUGCCGCCUGAGCACAAUGUUACAGCCAUGUUGGAUUUACCCUCCAUCAUAUCCAGUCCCUCAUUGAUGAGGUCAUCAAGUGUUGAACAGCCGUCCCAGAUCACCUCCGACAAUGGCAGCAGCAACCCUCCUCCUCCUCCAUCUCGUCCACCUCCUCCUCUGCCUCCUCCCGUCCUGCCAGCAGCGGUCAGAGGCCCCAGCCAACCCCUCUCCUGCCCGGCCAGCCCCCCAGCCAGCCCUGACAGGAUCCUCACAGCCCACGUCCUCACACACCUCGUAGAGGGCUUCGUCAUCAGAGAGGGCCUGGAGCCUUUCCCGGUGGUUUCCACAUCACUGUUAUCAGACCAGCAGGCUUCACUUCCCGAAUCCCAGGAGAUGCAAACCAACGGAGCUGCAGCAGCAGAGGACAGUCCGCUGGAAGCUGACCUGUCUGACUCCACAGACUCUGAGAUGGAAAACGAUGACGCUGCAGCAGAUGAUCUGGCAGAGAGUGUGUCAGGUGUGCUGCAGUGUGAGUUCUGUGGGAGCAGAGGCUACGCUUACACAUUUCUGCGCUCCAAACGCUUCUGCUCGAUGACGUGUGUCAGAAGGUUUAGUGUGAGCUGCACCAAGCGUAUCAGCAUGCUGGGAGCAGGCCGCUGGGGUCACAGGCCGAUGGGCAGGAGAGGACGACCCCCAGGCAGAGUCAAGGGAGCCUCCAGAGAACAUUUUCUGAGACAGACUUCAAGGUUGCUUGGUUCGGAGGAGGCCCUUCAAAUGUCACUGAGAGACGAGGGGGACCCGGACAAUGAACAGGAGGAGGAUGAGCCUGCCGUCCCCAUGACAACCAGGCUCCGGAAACAGGCCGAGAGACAGCGAGAGAGGGAAAGGGAGAGGGAGAAAGAGCAGGAGCAGAGGGUGACAGAGACAGUCUGCCUAUCUGACAGGGACGAAGACGCCGUCUCUCCGUCUCACUGGAACGUAGAACAAGUGUUCUCUUUUAUCAACUCUCUGCCAGGUGGUCAGGAUGUGGCCCAGGAGUUUCGUUCCCAGGAAAUCGAUGGACAGGCUCUACUGCUGCUCACAGAGGACCACCUGGUCAGCAGCAUGAACCUUAAACUGGGACCCGCACUGAAAAUCUGUGCACACAUAAAUUUGCUGAAAGAUGCGUAAACAAUGAGCAUUUCCACUCUGUAAGAACGGAAUAGUUGCUUCUAUCUGGACCGGGAUGAGGUAAACAAGACACUCUGUUUAUUCCUGCAGAGAUAACACGCACUGUCGAUGUGACUCGAUCUCAAACAGAGCGGAUUAUAUUGAACUGAAAUAACAAAUGUACAGACUGCCAUUUUCUCAGACAACUGUCAAAGUUUCUCUCUGGGCGCCUCGGCCACACCGACGAGUCCACACACUGCCACAGCUGGUUUCUACACACAGAUGAGCAUUUCCUUUUAUCGCCUCUUGUCAUUACUUUGUACUGAUUGUAGCAGUUUCACUCUGAUGAUCCAUUUGUUUCAAAAUGGUUUAAGAAGAUCUUUUAUCAGUAGUAUGGAAUCCUUGAGAGACAGGCUGUGCAAAAGGUCCAGUGAUCCUUUAUUUAAGUCUCCUGUAUACGUGGAGAAUACGUUUUUUAUCUUGUUGUUAUGACUGAAGAUGACUGAGGUUACUGCCAUGAUGAUCUUUCUAAAUCGUUCUUCGGAAAGGUUGUUUAUGAAUGUGUUACUGCAGAGUCUUUAUUGGGAAGUCGUACAACCAAAAUGUAUGGCAGAAAUGAGAUACAGAUUUUAUUUUGUGUUUGAAGUUACAUCGACAUUUUUUUGUUUUAGCCUAUUUUUUAAUAGUACAGCUACAGAGAGACAGGAAAUACAGGGAGAGAGUGGAGGAUGAUGUACUGAGUAGCUUCAGGACCGGGAGUCGUACUGGUCACCAGUGCAUCAAGGACUUUGGCUUAUGCACUGGGACGCCCACUUUACCAAACCAGCAGUGACCCAGUGUUGUUUAAGUUUACCAUUUCCAUUUCUUAGGUUGUAACACAGGUGAGAAAACACAUUUAAAAAAAACUGGAAUCAUCUGCCUUUUUCCUCACUUGCCUCUCAGGGCUUCUGUACAUUUGAAUGUAAAGAAAACAACUCUACCUUUACGUCCUCACACAAAGCAGUUAAGGUCUGCUGCCCAGUCUCAAAGUUUACAAAACAGAUACAUGCUUACUAUCUUACACAUUUGAUACACUUCAUCAGGAAACAUGCUUUUAAUGGCUCCUGGAAACAAACUGAUGACGAUGUUGUUAUUUAUGAAUUAUUUAUUAAAACCAUAACUAACUAAAAAGCGAAUAAAAAGACUCAAAUAUGUUGAA